GGAACGAAAAUCCUCUUCGGAGUCCUCGCGCUCACCGUCUUCGUCGAUGAUAUUUCAUGAUAUUUCUGUACACAAGACUUCCAGUGAUAUUUACGGGAGUUAAAGAGUUGGAUUUGUCGGACUAUCCGCUCAAAGCCGCGGCGUGGAAGCGUCCGGAAGCCGCUCCUCUCCUCCAGGCUGUCAGUGGUCGAUCAAUGUGAGCCAGGGAGGUGAACCCGAUCCACCUGAAGUGAAAUAAAUCCGAAGAAGGGAGAUAAAAGUGGAACAUGGCUGGUGAUGCAGGCAGCAUCCCUGAACUGGACCAGAAAAAAUAUGAUGGGGACCAACAAGUGAAGAUCAUCUGUCUCGGAGACAGUGCAGUGGGCAAAUCUAAGUUGAUGGAGAGGUUCCUCAUGGACGAAUUCCGCCCUCAACAGUUAUCAACCUAUGCGUUGACCCUGUAUAAGCACACGGCAACUGUAGGAAGUAUGACUGUAUCAAUCGAUUUCUGGGAUACAGCGGGCCAGGAGAGAUUUCAGAACAUGCACCCCUCAUACUACCACAAGGCACAUGCAUGUAUCAUGGUUUUUGACGUACAGAGGAAGAUCACGUAUAAGAAUUUAGCUAACUGGUAUAAGGAGCUGAGAGAGUACAGACCAGAGAUACCCUGCUGCGUGGUUGCCAACAAAAUCGACGCGGACCUGAAGGUGACACAGCGAAGCUUUAACUUCGCAAAGAAGCAAGGGCUCCCUUUUUACUUUGUCUCCGCUGCGGACGGGACCAAUGUAGUUAAGAUGUUUAGAGAAACAAUCAAGAGAGCCGUAGACUACAAGCAAAACCCCAGUGACUUCAUGGAUGAAGUGAUGCAGGAAUUAGAGAACUUUGAUCUGGAGAAGAAACAAGAAGAUUUGGAAGCAGAUGAAGACGGAUUGAAGGCAGAGAGUCCAGAAUUGGGAUGAAAAAUGUUUAAAAAAAAAUCAUCUGAUGGAAAGUUUAUCCCUGUGUUUUGGUGGAAGUGAUCUUUGAUCUGCUGUGACGCCACCAACAGGCACAGCGUCUCUGUGUGACGCCGGCCGCCUGAUCGUGAGAUUAUUUGGUUGUAACUGCUGCUGCAGGAUGGCAGAGUCAUUUAGUUUCAAUCAUGCUGCGGAUGUAGAAGCAUCUAUUUUACUUUUCAAUGCUAUUCUAAAGGUUUUGAAAUGCAUCCAUACAAAUAAUUCAUGUUGUCGUGAAGCAGCAGAAAACUAAAUAAGACAGAAAUGUACAAGUGAAUGUAUUUCUAUUUAUAUUUGACUGCAGUGUGGGGUAUUCAUUAAUAAAUAUCUGGAACAUUUGUAAUUAAUGUCCGUAAUUAAUAAAACAUCAAAGAAAGAGGAUGACACACACUUUGUUUUAAUUAUAAAUUUAUUACAUAAUAUAACAAACAUAUAUCUCUGUGGUGGAGGUAUCCCGGGCAACAACUCAGGUCUUGCCUCAGCCUUUUACUAUCGCCCUCGCUCUGUUCGCAUGAGGAAUACUAGGUAGCUCGUGGGUAACUUGGAUGUUUAACUGCAACUUUGCUGU